GUCACAAUGAAACCAGCCAUCGUCAGCAGUGGAGUUGAUAAUGCCACCCUGUGCAUCUAUUGGUAUGAAGACCAAAUUUAAAAAAAACCUGCUGUUAAAGACCAGUUCACUUGGAAAUGUAGACUGUAGAGGAUGGCGGACCCGCCUAGACAAAUAUACCUGGGAUUAGCGCGAAAAACAUUAGAAGAUGCCAAACAAAAGGAUUAUUUGGACUCCAAAACGGGGAUGUACAAGGCGAAAGAAUACAGACCAAGAUCGCCCUAUUCACCCAAACUCCGCGAAUAUAAACCAAAACUUAAAGAGAUCGAAAUUCGGGAGUACGUGCCAAAAUUACACGUCAGCGAGCAUCAGUAUGACAACUUCCGGGAAUACAACCAUACUUAUGAGGUGGAACCGCCCGAGGAUGACGACCUACCAAAGGGAGAGCCACAGUUUUGUAAACCCUACAAAGCACUGGGUUCCAUUAAAAGAUCAUUCGCCACGCUAUUUCCUGCAGUUUCUUCAACCACGCUACAAUAGUCCGAAUUUUUACACUGGAUAUAAUAUUGCACUAGAUAUAUUAUUACACUGGAUAUGUUAUUACAUUGGAUAUAUUAUUACUCUGGAUAUGUUAUUACACUGGAUAUAUUAUUACACCGGAUUUCAUAUUCAUGUAGAUGGUGCUAUAGGCUUUAAACGGGAAGUUGUGUGAAGGAAAAUUAAAAUAAAAAAAAAAAACAUGAGAGAAAAUUAUUUUCUCAUUUGCCUAAGUCAGACUGAACUAUGCUGAAACAUGUGACAUGACACCCGCAAUCAUUUAACACAGCUUUGUCAAAUGUUUACUGUAAAGUUAUAUGCAAUCUUACGUGCCAGUACAACAUGUAUACUAGUAGCGCAAUACUGUUUUUAUAUACGUGCUUCUUGAUUUAAUUACAGACCAAUUUUGUUCAUUCAAAUCUAUGAGAUUAUUAUUACUCAAAAUAAUUAGGCGUUGUAUUUCAGUGUUUUGAUAUAAUGUAUGCAUCAGCAAACAUG